ACGCGUAACUUUUAUUUCUAAAAAAUUUACAAAACACUGGUAAUUGAUGUGUUUUCUCUAGUUUUUCAUUGAUAACCUCAUAAUUAAUAAAUUGCCUUCACAUUGAUUUGAGAUUGUAACAAAACUUAAACAUUAAAAUGGAUGAUUUCAUAAAAAUAGAAAAGAUCGGUGAAGGUACUUACGGUGUUGUGUACAAAGGUAAAAACAAAAUAACAGGACAGUAUGUGGCUAUGAAGAAAAUAAAAUUAGAAUCGGAAGACGAAGGUGUACCUUCUACAGCUAUAAGAGAAAUUUCUUUGCUCAAACAAUUGAACCACCCAAAUAUUGUGAAAUUAGAAGAUGUUCUCAUGGAGAUGAAUAAGUUGUAUUUAAUUUUUGAAUUUCUUUCCAUGGACCUCAAAAAAUACAUGGAUUCAUUGGGAUCAGGCAAAUUCAUGGACCCAGGGACCGUGAAGAGCUACUUAUACCAGAUAAACAGUGCUAUCCUGUACUGCCAUAAACGUCGCAUCCUGCAUCGUGAUCUCAAGCCACAAAACUUGCUCAUUGACAAGACUGGUAUUAUUAAGGUAGCGGACUUUGGUCUGGGGCGUACAUUCGGCGUGCCGGUGCAAGUGUACACGCACGAAGUAGUCACGCUGUGGUACAGAGCUCCCGAAGUGCUGCUCGGGGUACAGAAAUAUUCCUGUCCCAUUGACAUGUGGUCCAUUGGGUGUAUCUUCUCGGAGAUGUCCUCCAAGAAACCACUGUUCCCGGGUGACUCGGAAAUUGGUCAACUCUUCCGUAUUUUCAGAAUGCUAAGGACUCCGACAGAAAAAAUUUGGCCGGGAGUUUCAUCUCUGCCUGAUUACAAGUCCACUUUCCCCAACUGGACAACAUUCAAACUUCAUAAUCAUGUACAAAACCUUGACAAAGUGGGCAUGGAUCUGCUCCAAAAGAUGCUCGUCUACAACCCGUGCAGGCGCAUCACAGCGCGAGACGCAAAGCGACACCGCUACUUCAGAGACGUGACUCUGCCCCCCGGCCUCACGGUGAACGAGGCUUAUGUGAAGCAAGCGGGAACCAUUGGCCACUGUGUGAUGUAGUGUUAAAGUGAAGUGUAGUGCCUGUGUGAUGUGACCAGUAUGCUAGAGUACAGUUGGGGACUGUGAAGAAUUUAUUAUGUUAAUCUGGUGUGAAUGAAUUUAUUAUGUUAAUAUAUCUUAACUAUCUCUGUUGCUCCUGUGUAAAAAUAUGGUCAGUCUGGUUUAAACUAUCCUUGACGCUCAGGUUUACAUAAAUAUGGUAUAUAAUAUCAUUUAUAUGCAAUACAUGUCAACAAGCAAGCGACAGUGAAGUCUAGGUUAAGUUCAAAUGAUCUAAAUUAUCUCCGCAAGGAUAGGUUAGACUGGUUAUGUAGGAAAUUCUUUUCAGUUUGCAAACUUAUUUUAGUGGAAUAGUAAAACGGGGAAUGCGAUAAUGUAUCGUGAGUGAUUGUGAAUGCAUAUGGUUAACCCUUAAUAAGCCAUGGGGAGGUAUAAUAAAAAAAAAUCAAAUGAUCAAUCAUAGUUGUACAUACAUUAAAAAUAACUAAAAACAACUUCAAAAAAAGAAAAGUAAAAUGUAAAAAAGAUUUGAUAUCAUUAAUUACUGCAUAUUAUUUAGAUGUGCUAUUUACUAAAUAGAAUAGAAACUUUCUAGUUUUGAUAUUGGUCAUUUGUAUAGUACAUAAUAUCGAUACCUCAGUUCCAAAGUGUAACAAUUCAGAAACAGGUAUUCAUGAGAUAAUUAGAAAACUUAAUGACUAUUGAAACUUUUAUUAAUUUAUUCUUUUAUAGUUAUUUCGAUAUUCUAAAAUAUAUUAUUUUUAUGAAAGGUCUAGGUAGGAACUAGUAUUUAGAGUUUCACCAAGUUUUCACAGUUUUUCUUUAAUUGUUACUGUUUGGAACUAAAUUUUAUUUCAUUCUAGAGAAAGUUAUUCCAAGUUAUCCACUUUUGUAUAUAAAUAUUUAAUAAUCUUUAUAGUAAAUUUGAAAUAAAACAAUCAUAAUUGAAAUCAAAA